UGACGGAGUGACUGUUGCACCACUUGAGGAGAUUUAAUUAACCUUGUAUUUAACGCCAGCCCUGUUUUUUUUUUUGUGCUUGGCUGCCUGGUUUCUUUGACUUCUGUGUGCUCUUGCCAACUGUUUGUUUACGUUUCCCGUCUCCGUAUUUCCGACCAGAGAAACAAAGAGUACAUUCUCAGCCCAGCGUCUUCCCACACAUCCCUCACCAAAGGCUCUUUUUCUGCUUCUGUUACAAGUGAAUGUACAAUUAAGAGGUGAACGUUUACUAACAUGGCAGUAGCUGGAUGUCCGGAUUACUUCCUACACCACCCAAAUUAUCAGCAGGACAAUGUCGACCGAACUGCCAAUCACAGACCGGCAAAUCUAAUCGGGUCAAGUUUCCAACAGGCGGCCAGUCGAACCUCUCCUAACCACCAAGUGUCAGAGGAUGACGUGGAUCUGGAGGCGCUGGUGAACGAUAUGAACUCGUCGUUUGAGAGUCUGUACCCCGUGGGCAGUGUGCAAUGCGAGUCGGUUCCCCUGUUACACAACGGCCAGCACACACACGCCCACACGCACACACAGCCCAUCUCGCCGCACCAGAGACUGCGCCGCUCCCAGCCCAUGCACAUCCUCGCUGUCAGGAGGCUGCAAGAGGAAGCACAGCAGUUUCAGACAUCGUCUCUGCCUGCCAUCCCAAACCCCUUCCCUGAAUUGUGUAGUCCAGCCGGUUCACCCACAGCUUGUCCCGGCUCUUUACCUUCAUGUCAAACGUCAGAAAAACACAUUGUUAAAGUCUUCGGCGAGGACGGAAUGGGCAAAGUGGUGGAGAUCCCGUCCGACAUGACUGCACGAGACCUGUGCCAGCUGCUGGUGUACAAAAGCCACUGCGUAGAUGACAACAGCUGGGCGCUGGUGGAGCAUCACCCGGCCCUCGGGCUCGAGAGAUGCUUAGAAGACCAUGAACUUGUAGCUCAAGUGCAGGCAUCCAUGACUAGCGAGAGCAAGUUUGUCUUCAGGAAGAACUAUGCCAAAUAUGAAUUCUUCAAAAAUCCUCUGAACUUCUUUCCAGAACAGAUGGUGGCCUGGUGUCAAGAAAGCAAUGGGACCAUUCCUCCGUCUCAGCUGUUGCAAAACUUCUUAAACUCCAGCAGUUGUCCAGAAAUCCAGGGUUACCUUUAUGUGAAAGAAACAGGCAGGAAGUCGUGGAAAAAGCUAUACGUGUUUUUGAGACGCUCAGGAUUAUACUACUCGACAAAAGGAACGUCAAAGGAGCCAAGGCAUUUGCAGUUACUAGCAGACCUUGAAGACAGCAACAUCUUUACCGUAAUAGCAGGAAAGAAGCUUCACAACGCACCAACAGAGUACGAGUUUUGUAUAAAGCCCAACAAGGUCCGGAGCGAGCAGAAGGAACUGAGGAUGUUGUGUGCGGAAGACGAACAGAGCAGAACGUGCUGGAUGACGGCCUUCAGAUUGUUUAAGUACGGAAUUCUGCUUUAUCAAAACUAUAAAUUUCCACAGCAGAGAAAAGCUUUGCUCUCACAUUUCCCAGCACCGAUGAGGAGUGUGUCGGAGAACUCUCUAGUAGCCAUGGAUUUCUCAGGGACAAUCGGCAGGGUGAUCAACAAUCCUGUGGAAGCUCAGAGUGCCGCUCUGGAGGAGGCUCAUGCCUGGAGGAAAAGAAGUCAGCGCAUGAAUACUUUGGGAAGCCCUAGUCCACUCCACCCAUCAUCAUUAAGUGGAGUGAUACACAAAACUCAGCUUUGGUUUCAUGGUCGAAUCACGAGGGAGGAAUCGCACAGGCUGAUGCAUCAACAGGGCCAAGUGGACGGACUGUUUCUGUUGAGGGACAGCCAGAGCAACCCGAAAGCCUUCGUGCUUACUAUGUGUCACCACCAGAAAAUAAAACACUUUCAAAUUUUACUGUGUGAAGAGGACGGUCAUAUGUUCUUCAGCCUUGAUGACGGCACCACCAAAUUCACGGACCUGAUUCAGCUGGUGGAGUUCUACCAGCUCAACCGAGGAGUCCUUCCAUGCAAACUCAAGCACCCAUGCACCAUGGUGGCCUUAUGACACCCCCCCCCCUCCAAACCUACCAUUGGUUCCCUGAGAAUCGGACUGUUUUUCACCUGGUUUAAUGAUGUACACGUGACUGGCUGUUCACCGAUUAGUAUGAUCUAUGAUUCCAGAGGAACUGCAAGCUCCAACAGGGCCAUUGUGAAGCUAUCGAGAAAGAUCUCGGUUGCCACUGUUAAACUCGACAGGUUCUUCCUCGUACGAUCAUCGGGGGGUCCUUUUUGAUGAUUUGAAUAUCUUGUUUAAUAUAAUCAGAUGGUCUCCUGCGUUGGAAAGAUCUUGAUGAAUAUGGAAGAUGGACCAUCACAAGGUCUGUUGUUUCAGAAAGGUCUAUAGAACCUGUAGAUGGUGGAAGACGGAUACGUUACCUAUAGUUUGGGUUUGACUUUGAAGCACAGGAAACAGCUAAGCUAGAAAUGAUGUAGUCAAUCCAAGAGUCAUUUGAGUUCUCCUGCCUUUUGUAGAUCUUUCUAUGAGUGCUCGGAGAUGGAACGACAGAAGGUCAAAGCACAGGUCUGUAAAAGAGACUUCGGACGUGGUUCGUGAGCAAAAUCGCUACACUUUGCUCUUUGCUAGGCCUCUUUCUACAGCUUCCACCAUCUGAAUCUCAAGAAUGUUACACUGCUCAUAUGGGGUGUGUGUAUAUAUAUAUAUAUAUAUAUAUAUAUAUAUAUAUAUAUAUAUAUAUAUAUAUAUAUAUAUAAAUAUAUAUAUAAUAUAGUUUAUAAGCUCUUUCAGAUUACUGUCCACUUGACACAGUCCCCUUUUGCACUCUGUUUUGACUUUGUGUCACUGUAAAGCCUCAGCUAAUGUCCAAAUGUUCCACCACCUUUCCAGAGACACAGUUUAAACUUUGGCGCCCUUUGCUGGCCGUCCAGGGUAACACAGCCUGAAGUGGGUGCUUGGAUCAGCUUCACUACUGCCACCUUUAGAAAGGCACCUUGAAGUGGACAAAAAAUUGGAAAAACAGUGGAAAAAUAACCACUACGAUCCCCUGAAACAUGGCAAACUGCAGGGAGCUCCGUUAUAACGGACGCCUUUUUUAUUUUUUCUCUCGGAUGAAAUCAAGAGGCAGGAAUCAGCAGAUCUGCUCGUUUGUCCUUUCAGUGUAUUGGUAGAUUAAUAGGACAGUGCACUGUGAAGCUUCCAGAACAGCUGGGGCUCUGUUUCCUUUGCUGCCUUGUUCAGUAGUAGCACGAUAUGUGGACAGAUUUGUAACGAUAUUUUUAAAUUGUGACUUUAUGGAAUCGUCGUCCUCUUUAGUAUUCACAUCAUAACGUAUUAAGCUAGAUGGAAAAGGCCUGGCCGCGGUGUCUACGAGCUCUGCCGAGUCAUCACGAUUACACGGAUAUAAAUGCAAACGAUGCAAUCAUUUUUAAGUGUUGUUUCCAUGGAUCUAUUUAUUUAUCUGGAUCUGAAUGAUUACUUGAAAUUUUAGUGAAUUUUCUCAGCGCUGUUUCGUAUCGCUCUUCCAUCAUUUUUUUUUUUUUUUGUAAACGUAUUGAGCCUAAUGUAUUUUUUUUCCACCUAAUAUCAGAAAAUUUUGUUAUACUAACCCUGUUUUAUUGAGCUCUUUACCAUCAUCUGCUGUAUUGUCGCAUUAUAAUUUUGGCCUUGCUGUCGGCACCGUUAUGUUCACAAAUACAAAGGUUUUGUUGUUCAUAGUCUUCAA